ACUUUGUUUCCUUUUUUUCCUUUCAUGUCUACAGUUCCUCCUCUAUAAAUAUUCAUAACCCAUAUUAGCUCUUAUCAUACCCACAGUACUUUAAUUUUCUCACUGUUCAAGUUUUCUUCUCUGGUUUUGUGUCUCUCGAAAGUGAAAGUCACAAAAAACACUCAAAACAAUGGCUCACUUGAUGAGCUUCCUCAUUGCUUUUUCUCUCAUUGCCUUUGCCCCUUUUUGCCUCUGUGACAAGGCGAAAGAUGGGCAUCUCUACCCCCAGUUUUAUGAUCACUCAUGUCCUAAAGCUCAACAGAUAGUGAAGUCCGUUGUGGCUAAGGCUGUUGCAAAAGAAACCCGCAUGGCUGCUUCUUUGCUGAGGCUCCAUUUCCAUGACUGUUUUGUAAAGGGGUGUGAUGCAUCACUAUUGUUAGAUAGCAGUGGCACCAUAAUUAGUGAGAAAAGGUCCAAUCCUAACCGGAAUUCAGCUAGGGGAUUUGAAGUCCUGGAUGAGAUCAAGUCUGCUCUUGAGAAGGAAUGUCCUCAGACUGUAUCCUGUGCUGAUCUUUUGGCUCUAGCUGCCAGAGAUUCCACUGUCCUGACUGGUGGUCCUAGCUGGGAAGUUCCAUUAGGAAGAAGAGACUCCAGAGAUGCAAGCUUGAGUGGCUCUAACAAUAACAUUCCUGCUCCAAACAACACAUUCCAAACCAUUCUCACCAAGUUCAAGUUGAAAGGACUUGAUGUUGUUGAUCUUGUAGCGCUGUCUGGGAGUCAUACAAUCGGAGAUUCCCGUUGCACAAGCUUCAGGCAGAGACUGUACAACCAAUCAGGCAACGGGCAACCUGAUAACACUCUUGACAAAUCAUAUGCUGCUCAAUUGCGACCCCGAUGCCCAAGAUCUGGUGGUGAUCAGAACCUUUUCUUCUUGGACUUUGUUAGCCCAACAAAGUUUGAUAACGCCUAUUACAAGAAUAUAUUGGCUUCAAAGGGCCUAUUAAACUCUGAUCAAGUUCUCUUAACCAAGAAUGAAGCAUCAAUGGAGUUAGUGAAGAAAUAUGCAGAGAACAAUAAGCUUUUCUUUAAGCAAUUUGCCAAGUCCAUGAUUAAGAUGGGUAAUAUCACUCCAUUGACCGGUUCCAAGGGAGAGAUCAGAAAGCACUGCAGGAAGGUUAACAAAUAAAUAACUUGGCCAAUAUCAUCACUGUGAGUUUGACACCAAUAAAGGAAAAACAAGUUUGUUAUGUGCAUUAUCAUCUACCAUUAUCUGUUUUAUGUUCUUUCUAUUCCUUCAAUUGGGAAAUUCCAUCUGUCAUUUUUGAUUGUACCUAUUACCAGUGUUCUCUGAACUUGUAAUGUAUUCCGUUGAUUUUGACCUUGUGCUAAAUAAAGCCCCUGCUACACAAUA